UGCCAUUUUGCGCGGGAGGGCGGCACCUUGUACUUCCUAAACUUCAUCCCACAGCCUGGCGGUCUCAGAUGUCUCCAAUCUCAAGACUUUUCCUCUUGCUGAUUCCGGGACCUCCUCUGAUUGCUCGGCUGUUUUCCCUGCCUGAUGCCCUUUUGACCUCUUGACCUCUGGCUCAAAGGGUCUUCUUAUGUAGCGUACGAUCCUCCCAUCUCCCCAGGUGCUGAGAUUACAAGAAGAUUGCCACCACAUCUGGAUGCGCUAAAACUUUGAAAUCUAUAUCCCUGAGACCAACGCUUUUGGGGAAUCCUGCCUCCUGAAGACCCCAAAAUGACCUCUCAGUGCCCUCUUCCCAUAGAGUCACUAGUCCCUCCAAGAGCCCCCAUCCUUCCACCUCCUCUAUCCACAAAUCUCUUGAAUGUCUCAUUUUCACUCCCUCUCUGUGGUAUCCAGGCCCCCAUCCCUCCACCACCUCCACUGCCUCCUCCACCCACUGCCAUGGGUGCUGUUACGCCUCAUGUUUAUGGCCUUGAGAAGAGUCAGCUCCUGAAAGAAGCCUUGGAGAAGUCCUGCCCUGUUGCCAAGGGCAGAGAAGAUGUGAAGAGGCUCCUUAAGCUGCACAAGGACCGAUUCCGGAGUGACUUGCAGUGGAUUCUCUUCUGUGCUGACCUGCCAUCCCUCAUCCAAGAAGGCCCUCAGUGCGGGUUGGUGGCCUUGUGGAUGGCUGGCACCCUUCUGUCACCCCCCAGUGGCAUCUCCCUGGAGAGACUCGUACAGGUAGCCAUGGAGAGAGGCUACACAGCCCAGGGAGAGAUGUUCUCUGUGGCUGACAUGGGCAGGCUGGCACAGGAGACAUUGGGCUGCCAGGCCGAGCUGAUCUAUGGUGGCCUGGGUGGUCCCAACCGAACUCGUGUCCUACAGCACCUCAUCACUGGACAGCCCAUGCUUAUCCCCUACGAUGAGGAUUUCAAUCAUGAGCCAUGCCUGAGGAAGGGCCACAAGGCCCACUGGGCAGUGUGUGCAGGCAUCCUGGUGGGUGUGCAGGGUACACUGAGCCUCAGCUACCUGGAGGACCCUGAGAUGCCAGGCCUUUUCCACCCUGCGCCUGGUGCAGCCAGCCACCUACCAUCCCUACCAGAGGAAGGCACUCCAGGCACCGUCUUCCUUCUCUCCAAGCAAGGCAAGAGUUGGCACUACCAGCUGUGGGACUAUGAUCAAGUCCGAGAUAGCAACCUGCAGCUGACAGACUUCUCACCCGCAAGGGCCACCGAUGGACGGGUGUAUGUGGUGCCCACUGGUGGGGUGCGUGCCGGCCUCUGUGGCCAGGCCCUGCUCCUCAGAUCACGGGAGUCAAGCCACUGACCUGACCACACCUUAGCUCUGUCACCACUGGACAAGUGCCCCAGCUUCUCCCCAUGUGACAGCUGUGGAUUUAGUUCAGAGACCCUUCCCCAGUCCCCCCACUAUCCUGUCUCAAGCCCAUCCCUUUUGGAGUUGAAUACUGAUCCCCCUCUCUGGGGAGACAACUCAGACCCUACAUCCUUCCCAUCCCACCCUGAUAUAACCCCCACCUGCCUCUUGGGGGCAUCUUCUAAGAAACUGUCACCUCACUGGACAUCUGCAGGUACCUCCUGCCUGGGCCCCAACCCCAGCCUGCUUAGAAGACCACAUAGAACACUUCCCACUGAGUUCUCCUGGUCCAUCUCACCCUCCCUCUGGCCCAUGUGUUGUGCCUUAGCUUUUCUGCUCAAGGCUGGUGCUUAUCACAUGAGCCACACCUCCACUGCCAGCUUUUUUUGUGUUUA